UGAGGGGGGAGGAGCAUGAGUAUAAAACAGCAACAUGUGGUUCAGAGGCUCAGUGUCAAUGCUCAGCUUGUCUCCAGUAUGAAGCUUUAUUUUCAGUCAGUCUGUCAGAUCGCCCUCCUGGUGCUCUGCUGUGUAAUGAUCACAGUGAGAGAGUCAGACAGCGCGUUUGUCCCGGGAAGAUGUUUGUGUCCACAGACGCAGCCGGGUGUCAGAGGGCAACUUGUGGAGCUCGCGGUCUACCCCAAAAGCCCCAGCUGUAACAAAUUCACAGUCAUAGUGACGCUGAAGAGCAACAAUGAGCCAGUGUGUCUGAAUCCAGACCAACGGAUGGGCAAACAGCUGAUUCGCUGCUGGAAUAGGGCUCAUAAACUGGGUCGUGAUGUGAAGCUGUGCCUGAAGAGGAGAAGGAGGAGAGGCAGAGGCCAGCGCCCUCAGCAGAGGAGCCAAGGUCACAGCAGGAGGGCCUCCUCCUCUAACUCCCAAUAGUCAAGCUGCCUGACAAAUGAUAGAGACCUACUGUGUGAAGGAAAGUGUGUUCAUGGUAAUUCUUGCCCCAUUGCAGUCUUUAACUGCAGACCCAGGUCAUCAGUGACUGUUAAAAAGAACAGCAUGCCUCUAAGUUUUUUACUCUCUCUAUAAAUGUCAGGCAGCUCAGACGUUGUCUGGCCUGAAUAUCAAACUCCUUCUAGGCCAGCAGUGGAGGACUUUAUUUUUUUGUGUGCAAAUGACUGAUGUGAUGUUGAAAACUAAGCCCUGGAGGCUUGUCAUAAAUGUUAACAUAAACAGUUAGAGCUUUAAAACACUGUUAAACGGUCAAUGUAUUGUUUAUAUGUAAUUAUGUGUAUGCAGCUGGAAAAGCUUUGUUAGUUAUUUAUUUUCAUAUGGGCAUUUAUAGACACUGUUUUUUUUAAAUAAAUAUAUCAGAACAAUAA